AAGAGUACGUGGAUUUAUAUGUUUUGCAAGAGCAAUGCUACCAAAACCAGCAGACUGACUUGCUAUAAAUUGGCGACAUCUGGAUACGGUUUCGAAGAAACAUAAAACCCCACAUAUUAUAAGUUCAUUUGGUGAUUCGUCACAGUGAUAAAAUUACCGAAGCGGUGCAAUUCGUCCUGUGAUCUAUUAAUCUCGAUCUAAAUUAUGCACAUUGUCUAUGUUCGGAUGUCAUUCUUUAGCGUGUUAUCAGAUUAGAAUAUAUGCAUAAAACGAACGGUUUUUCCAUAAUUAGAUGCGGUACAUAUAUCAUCAGUAGCUUAUCUAGUGUAGACUUUUACAAGAUACUCAUUUCGUUUUCGUCAUUACAAGAAACCAGAUGUUGCUAAGUGUGAAUGUACGGAUAGCAUUGACAUGGAUGACGGUUUCAUCCCUUUUGGCAGGUGAGACAUUCAUAAGAGUGAGAUAGUAAAGCUUAUUGAUAUUAUAUAUUUAUAUCAUAGGCUUACCUUGUCAAUAUAUACAUUUUGUAUUGGUAUGAUAAUUGAUAAAAUAAGUAUUCUAUAUGUUAAGAUUGACUGUUUUUGCUACAAAAUAUGUAAUGCAAUAAGACAAUAUGCAUGUGUAUGAUAAUAGAUAAAAUUUGCAUUCUACAUGUUAAGAUUUACUAUUUUUCUACAAAAUAUGUAACUCAGUAAGACAAUUAAAAUCCUACUGAUUAUAUACUUAUUUCAGUGUUUGGAACUGUUUUAACUUUUGAAACUAUCUACAAGAUGUGGGAGUUAAAAACAGUCCAUGACGUCAGAACAUUGCGGGCCGAUUCCGAUUUGGAAGUGGUCGCCGUAUCGUCCAUUUUGUGUGUGGUGACCGCUCUGGAGUACAAUCGAUCAACGGCGUCUUAUAACGAGUCAUCUCAACAGUGUUUUCUCCAUGAAUCUAACAGCGAGAAAGACAUGGUUGACGGGAUCGGUGUGCUUUACUUACAAGGGGACAUACAAACAAAUGCGAUACUAUCGCAUGGUGAUGACAUUGGCGUUGAUGGCGGCGGCGGUGUUGGUAGUGGUGGUGAUGGAGACAUAAAAAGCUGCGGAGAUCUCAAUCCAUCCAGCCUAUCAGGAGUGUACCGUAUCUCAUCUGUACCAGGGAACAGCUUUGAUGUGUAUUGUGACAUGGAUAGUGAUGGAGGGCCUUGGACUGUCAUACAGAACCGCAAGAGCAAAGAGGUGGACUUCUAUAGAAACUGGGAUCAAUACAAACAUGGAUUUGGUGAUCUUCAAGGGAACUUCUGGCUUGGAAACGACCACAUACAUACACUGACCAAGACCCCGUGCAUUCUCCGUGUCCAACUGCUGUCUUGGAGUGGGUCAUUUGGGUACGCUGAAUACUCGAUCUUCCAGGUAUCCAGCGAGGUUCACGACUACAAACUGUUGAUAAAUGGCUAUCGUGGAAAUAUCAGUGACGCCUUAAGAAAGAACAAUGGUUGGCCAUUUUCUACAAAAGACAAAGACAACGAUGGGACAAAAUAUAUUGAUUGUGUUAAAAAUCGAAGAGGACCUUGGUGGCAUGAAACAUGUACUCACGCGAAUCCUAAUGGUCUAUACGAGCCAUCCACAUUCAAACAAUCAAUGCACUGGUUGGAUUUUUAUACAAACAUUGACAAUGGACGAAUGAGGGAGACAAGGCUAAUGUUAAAAAGACCUUAAAGCUUUGGUGGUGUGUCCAUGAUAGACAAUGUACACAGAUUUGCUCUUUCUUAUGUGUUGACGAAAAAGAAAAAUCUUAGAAAUGAGACAUAUCUGAUUGCGAUGAACUAUAUAUACAUUAUUUAAAACAAUCUUAACUUCGAACGAAAGAAAAUAACAAGGAUAUGCUAUCAGUUAAAGGACUAAAACCAGCAAUGCAUUUAUUUUUGUUUCAUUGGCUUGUUAAAGUGAUGUGUUAAGCACAACGCAUUAAUGAGAUGACGAUUUUCACGAAUCAUCGUGUCACUGGACAAAACCGCCUGGUACCAACUCGGGAUGGUUAAAUAAAAAGGAGGAAGAGACAGAAAGACGCAUUAGAUGUCUUGGUACACCUCAGAUCCAAGCCCUUUGGAUAUAUUGUCUUUAACCUGGCACAGAAACGGGUGUGUAAUAUGCUUUCCCUUAAUCAUUUUUCAUGUAGACCAUUGUAAAUAUCGUCCUUACUCGUGUUUUGUCCUUGUUUCAAUAAUAUGCUAGGUGUAGUAAUGAUCGUGUUUAGAUUUCGAGUAAUAUCCUUUGCAGAGCUCA